GUGUAUUCCACAGCAAACAUGUCUAAGCUGGAGCAAGUUCUCAUUCUUGAUCCUCCAAAUGACCUCAGAUUCAAAGGCCCCUUUACGGAUGUAGUGACUGCCACUCUCAAGCUAAAGAACCCCUCAGACAGGAGAGUAUGUUUCAAAGUGAAGACCACAGCCCCGCGCAGGUACUGCGUGAGACCAAACAGCGGGGUCAUCGACGCUGGAGCUUCUGUUACCAUCUCAGUCAUGCUACAGCCUUUUGAUUAUGAUCCUAAUGAGAAAAGUAAACACAAAUUUAUGGUUCAGACCAUGUAUGCACCUCCAACCAUCACUGACACGGAGGCCAUGUGGAAAGAUGCGAAACCCGAUGAGCUCAUGGAUUCCAAGCUCAGAUGCGUCUUUGAGCUGCCUUCUGAAAACGAUAAAGUGAAUGACAUGGAUGUAAGCAACAGCAAAGCUGCCCUCAUGCUGAACUCGUCCAAACAGGACGGGCCAGCGGUGCCCAAGCCCACUAGCCUGGCCACGGAUGACACGGAGAUGAAGAAACUUCUGGAAGAAUGCAAGAGGCUUCAGUCUGAAGUGAGCAAACUGGCUGAAGAAAACCAGCAACUAAAGGACGACGGUUUGAGAAUGAGAAAGACCCAGAGGUCAGAUCACAUGGCAUCAAACGCUAACUCCCUGAUUGGCCGAGAAACCAGCACCAGCUCCCUCCCCUCGCUCCUGGUCGUUAUAGCCGCCAUUUUCAUCGGCUUUUUCUUGGGGAAGUUCGUCUUAUAGACAGGCAGGCCCAGACGCACGCCUGCCUACGUGUCGCCCCGGCUCUGGAGAAACCACUUGGCCUGGAUCAAAGAACAAGUGUUUUUGUUGACUUUGCCAUAUCAUUGGUAGAUGGGCCUCCUGUUGAACACAUCUGUGUGCUAUCAUACAUGGGCCUUGCCUUUUACACUCUCACACAUGGUUAAUCCAACACACUAAGCAAAGGAGCGCAGAAAGAUCACACUCCUCUCUUUAUUGGUUUUCUGUUC